AUGAAACCUACUCCCUAUGGCGAAGUGGAUGAAAAAUCACCGUUUAUAUUCAUCGGUGGCGUUCCGCGAUCAGGCACUACACUUAUGCGUGCUAUGUUAGACGCUCAUCCGGAUGUGCGAUGUGGCGAGGAGACGAGAGUUAUACCCAGGAUACUUGGUCUCCGAGCGCAAUGGAAGAGAAGUGAAAAGGAGUGGAAUCGUUUACAGCAAGCGGGUGUUACUAAUGAAGUCCUCAACAGAGCCAUAUCAUCAUUUGUCAUACAAGUUAUUGCUGGUCAUGGCGCACCAGCUCCUCGAUUAUGCAACAAGGAUCCAUUCACAAUGAAAUCUGCGUCGUUUUUGGCUGAGCUGUUUCCUAAUGCUAAGUUUAUUUUUAUGAUCAGAGACGGGAGAGCGACGGUUCACAGUAUAAUUUCAAGAAAAGUGACAAUUACUGGUUUCGAUCUGUCUAGCUAUCGUCAAAGUUUAACUAAAUGGAACGCUGCGAUAUCAGUCAUGGAUGAACAAUGCGCUAACAUUGGCAGUAAAUGCUUACGGGUGUAUUACGAACAACUAGUAUUGCAUCCUGAAUCCCAAAUGCGGCGAAUAUUAGAGUUCUUGAAUCUUCCGUGGAACUCCACGGUUUUGCAUCAUGAGCAGUUUAUAGGAAAGGAUAUCUCUCUAUCAAAAGUGGAGCGCAGCUCAGAUCAGGUUGUCAAACCGGUAAAUGUGGAUGCAUUGUCGAAAUGGGUGGGUGUGAUACCUGAGGAUGUUGUAAAAGAAAUGGAUAGUGUGGCACCGAUGUUGCGGCAGUUGGGUUACGACCCAGAUGCGAACCCUCCUAACUAUGGAACACCAGACGAACUGGUGGCGAAGAAAACAGAAGACGUUCACAAGAAUGGUGAAGAGUGGUACAGAAAAGCAGUGAUGGUCGUGAAUGAUCCGAACCGAGUGGACAAACCAACCGAAUAG